AAUCAUUUCUCGUCAAACCAUGCUCAAUCAAAGUGUGCGGUUUUUGGCUCGCCGAGCAAAUUCUCAGAUCCGGCGUUCCAAUCUUCUGAAGACUGGCUCACUUGCAGCUCAAGAUCGUGGCUUUUUCUUCGGGAAACGUCGUGAACCAAGAUGCGAUUUGAAAAAUCAAUCAAUUGUUCAAGCAGAUGGAAGUAGAAAGUCUGCAUGGCUCGGAGACAAACCACUUCGACACGAAUCGUUCAUUGGAAUACUGACUACUUAUGCGGGGAUUCGCCGCGGACCAACUGUCGGUGGAAAAGAAAUGUUAGGGAAGAGAGUGAUGAAAAAUGGAAAAUUGGAAUGGGAAUGGAUAACGUAUGAGCAAGCAUUCGAAAUAUCUGAUAAUGUAUCACAAGCUAUCAGAAAGUUGGGAAUUGAGAUUGGCGAUAAGUCUAAUAUUGGGAUUUACUCAAAAAAUCGACCAGAGUGGGUCUUGUCCGACAUGGCAAUUCACAACUUCAGCAAUGUUUCUGUUCCAAUAUACGAUAAUAUACCCAAUGAAGAUAUGCAUUACAUAACCAACCUUUGUGAAAUCCCGUUAAUGUUUGUCGAUAGUGAAGAUAAGACUACUCAACUCAUCAAAGACAAAACCUAUUUGUCAAAAAGUUUGAAAUACAUUGUACAAUUUGACAAGGUAUCCGAUGAGAUGAAGGCAAUGGCGGAGAGCAAUAAUUUCCAAUUGUGGAGUUUUGAUGAGUUUGUAGAACUGGGAAAGAAGCAUGAGCAUCGUCCACAUGCUCCACCAACACCUGAGACGCUGGCAACAAUCUCAUUCACUUCUGGAACUACUGGGCGUCCGAAAGGAGCCAUGCUGACUCACUUGAACUUGUGCUCUACAACAGUUGCCUGCGAAGAAUUUGAGCAUGUUGAGGGGGAGCUGGAUUCGUAUCUUUCUUAUCUUCCAUUGGCUCAUGUGUACGAGAGACACUGCACUCUUGCGCACUUCAAAAUCGGAUCAAGAAUCGGCUUCUCCCGUGGUGAUCCAGCUCUUUUGGUAGAGGACAUUCAAGCACUUGCUCCACGUACAUUUGCCUGCGUUCCUCGAGUUUUAGGCAAGAUCUAUAAGUCUGUAAUGAGCCAAGUGCAGGAUAAGCCGGUGAAGAAGAUGAUUCUAAACUCUGCAAUAGCUUACAAAUUGUAUCAUUACAAAAUGACCGGAAAAGCUACCCGGGAUACUUUGGUGGACAAAUAUAUUCUGCACAAGAUUCAGAUGAUUCUCGGCCCCAAUAUCAAACAAUUUCUGAUUCCGGCUGCAAAAACUGAUAAUUCCUCAAUGAGAUUUGCUCGUGGAGCCUUUGGAAUUGAGAUCCUUGAGCUAUACGGCCUAACCGAGACUUCCGGGCCUACAACAAUUCAGUUGGUUGGAGAUAUGUUGGGAUCUGUUGGGCCGCCUAUCUCAUGUACCUCGAUAAAACUUGUCGAUAUUGCGGAACUUGGAUACUUUGUCGAUGAAAAUGGAGGUGAAGUCCUUGUAAAGGGUCAUAACGUCACUUCAGGAUAUUACAAGGAUCCCAAAGCAACUGCAUCAGCAUUCACAGAAGAUGGAUUUAUGAAGACUGGAGAUAUUGGAAAAUUCACUCCUGAAGGAACUCUCCAGCUUAUAGAUCGCCGCGACAACGUACUAAAACUUCCUCAAGGAGAGUUUGUAGCUCCGGAUCUCACAGAGUCUUUGUACAUUUCAUCAAAAUUUGUACAACAAAUUUGUGUGCAUGGGAAUAAGGAAAAACCAUGGCUCGUAGCAGUCGUCGUUCCAGAUCCAGAGUACCUGGCUUCUCAUGCCAAUCUGGAGCACAAUAUCGAGGGAAAGACCUACGAGGAGUUGUGCAAAAUUCCGGCUCUCGCUGAAGAUGUGCUCCGUGACUUUGUAGAUCUCACCAAAGAGCACAAUCGGCCAAGACAUGAAGGGGUAUUUGCCAUACAUCUCACUCCCAUCGCCUUCUCACCGCAAAAUGGCUUGACAACUCCAACUCAUAAAAACAAGAGGACUGCAAUUGCACAGUUCUUCAAGAAACAAAUUGUAGAAAUGUUUGACAGGAUUGAGAAAGAAGAAGAAGGCACCGAAUUGACCACAAAAAUCGAAAAUGCUCAUUGA